CGCAGAAUCCUCUCCUCGCGCCGCCAGCGGGUUGAAGUGAGGGCGCUCAGCUAUGCGGGCGCCUGGGCUCCUGCCGUUGCUCCUGCUGCUGGUCGGGGCCGCGUCGCGACCCUCGGACCGGUUCCCCGGGCCGGCGCGCGUCAACGUGAGCCUGGAUGCGGCGCCCGAGGUGCGCUGGCUGCCAGUGCUGCGUCUCUUUGACCCAGGCCUGGUGCGCGCCGCGAUGGCGCGGAUCGUGGGCGACAGAGUCCCCAGGUGGGUCCUCGGGGUGAUCGGAAAGCUGGUGGCAGAAAUGGAGAGCUUCCUGCCUCAGCCUUUCACGGAGGAGAUUCGCGGCAUGAGCGACUUCCUGAACCUCAGCCUAGCUGAGGGCUUCCUAGUCAACCUGGCCUACGAAUCCUCUGCGUUCUGCACUAGCAUUGUGGCCCAAGACACAAGGGGCCACAUUUACCAUGGUCGGAAUCUGGACUACCCCUUUGGAGAUCUCUUACGCAAGCUGACAGUGGAUGUGCAGUUCUUAAAGAAUGGGCAGAUUGCAUUCACGGGAACCACUUUUAUUGGCUACGUGGGAUUAUGGACUGGCCAGAGCCCAAACAAGUUCACAGUGUCCGGCGACGAGCGAGAUAAAGGCUGGUGGUGGGAGAAUGUGAUUGCGGCCCUUUUUCAGGGGCACUCUCCUGUCAGCUGGCUCAUCCGCACUACCCUGAGUGAGUCAGAAGACUUUGAAGCAUCUGUUUAUAAAUUGGCCAAGACUCCCCUUAUUGCUGAUGUUUAUUACAUCGUUGGUGGCACAUCCCCUGGGGAGGGAGUGGUCAUCACCAGGAACAGAGGUGGCCCGGCAGACAUUUGGCCUCUAGAUCCUUUGAAUGGAGCGUGGUUCCGAGUUGAGACAAAUUAUGACCACUGGAAGCCAGUGCCUAAGACAGAUGACCGAAGAACACCUGCUAUCAAAGCUCUAAAUGCCACAGGGCAGGCAAACCUCAGUCUGGAGGCACUUUUCCAGGUUUUAUCAGUGGUUCCAGUUUAUAACAAUUUUACAGUUUAUACCACUGUAAUGAGUGCUGCCACCCCAGACAAGUACAUGACUAGGAUCAGAAGCCUGAGCUGAAGUGAUUUGUUUUUAAUGAAAUUCUUCAACAGCUGCACUUUAAAAAAUGAGACAAAGUGGAAGUAUGGUAUCUUACGAACAAUAUAAGCUCCUUCCUCAGGCUCCUCUCACCUGUGCUGAGUGGGGAAGGGAACUCUGGAGCACAUCUUCGGAAGUGGGUAACAGGCGUGUCUUGCACUUUCCUCCCUUCCUGGUUACCUUGAUCCUCAUGAAAUAUCCACCCUGGUGUGAACAACUCAAAGAUCAUUGGUCUUAGAGGUCAGACUAUAUUUUUUGACUUUCUUCUUAGCUUCUUGUGAUUCUCUUGUUCUAUCUCUGCCUAUCCAUUUAAACAAAGAGCUGGAAAGGCUUCUUUGUUCUUUGUGAAGUACUUUCAGAUGAGCCCAACAAAAACUUCUUCUAGGGCUGGGCAUGUAGCUCAUAGACAGAGCACUUGCCUGGCAUGCACAGGGCACUUGCCUAUCAUGCAUCAUAGGGGUGGGGGUGGGAGGUCGGGGAGGAAAGAAAAGGCUUCUACUGAAAAAACAAUAGGAUGGAGAACUCUCAUCUGAAUAGAGCUGCUCAGGGGUGACCUUCGAUCAUGUAUUUUCAUGUGGUGGGAUUUUCACUUUGUAUAAUGAGUCUAAUGUCUAAAAAAUAACAGUGGACCUUUUUUCUAAAUAGAUAUUUUUCUUACUGCUUUUUUUGGGGGGGCGGGGUACUGGGGAUCGAACUCAGGACCUUGUGCUUGUGAGGCAGGCGGUGGAACCACUGAGCUAAAUCCCCGGCGCUCUUACUGCUUUUUGAAAGUAAUAAGAAACCAAAUGAUCUCUUAUUCUCACUUAUUGCUCAAUAAAAUGUCAAGAAAAAUGUUGGCAAGGAGAAUAAACUUUUCCCCCAGGA